AUGACCACAGCAGGAAACCCCUGGGGCUGGUUCCUGGGGCAUCUCCUCCUCGGUGUCACAGGAUCACUCGCCUGGGGCGGCAGCAGCCGUAUCAUCAACGGCGAGGACUGCCGCCCGCACUCGCAGCCCUGGCAGGCGGCCCUGUUCUUGGAAAAUGAAUUUUUCUGCGGGGGCGUCCUGGUGCAUCCGCAGUGGGUGCUGUCAGCUGCGCAUUGCUUCCAGAAGUCCUAUACCAUUGGGCUGGGCCUGCACAGUCUUGAGGCCGACCAAGAACCAGGCAGUCAGAUGAUAGAAGCCCACCUCUCCAUCCAACACCCAGAGUACAACAAACCAUCUUUCGCCAACGACCUCAUGCUCAUCAAGUUGGAAGAAUCGGUGCCCUCGUCUGAUACCAUCCAGGACAUCAGCAUCGCCUCCCAGUGCCCGGGCGCCGGGGGGGAUUCCUGCUUGGUUUCCGGCUGGGGUCGGCUGGUGAAUGGCAGACUGCCCAAAGUGCUCCAAUGUGUGAAUAUCUCACUGGUGUCGGAGAAGAUCUGCAGUGAACUCUAUGCUCACGUGUACCACCCCAGCAUGUUCUGCGCUGGCGGAGGCCAGGAUCAGAAGGACUCCUGCCAUGGUGACUCUGGGGGCCCCCUGGUCUGCAACGGGUCCCUGCAGGGCCUGGUAUCCUUUGGACAAGCCCAGUGUGGCCAACCCUACGUGCCAAGCGUCUACACCAACCUCUGCAAGUUCACGGACUGGAUACAGAAAACCAUCCAGGCCAGUUAACUCCUGCGACUGGGAUUCAUGAAAUUGAACCCCAAAAUAUAAGCUGCUGAAGGAAUUCAGGAAUCUGGGUUCCCAGUGCCUUCCACCCUCAGACUCAAGAGUCUAGACCCCCACCCCCAGCCCCCUCCCUCAACCCCAGGAGUCCUAUCCCAUCAAGAAUCUUUUCCUGUACACGGUGCCCCCUAGCGGCAUGAUGUUGACACCGCCUUAUCAUUGGUAGAGAAAGCUGAUUUUUCACCGUUUUUGUCCCUUCCCCUAAGCCCUGAAAUAAAGUCUAAGAGAG